CGAACCUGAAACAUUUCUGGUUGCUUGAAAAUGUCGUUCUAGCUAGCGACCAACCAACCGUCACAAAAACGAUUUUCCCCCUUUUCUCUUCCGUUAAAGCAUACCCCUAUAUAAACAAUCAUAUCAUCAACCUCCACUGAACCAAUCAAUCAAUCCAUUUAUCCUUUCAAUUUCAUUAACCUAAUCCCAAAGUCUUCACCCAUGUCUCAGACUGUUGUUCUUAAGGUUGGUAUGUCGUGUGGCGGCUGUGUUGGGGCCGUGAAGAGGGUUCUUGGCAAAAUGGAAGGGGUGGAAACUUUUGACAUUGAUCUGGAACAACAAAAGGUGACUGUGAAGGGUAAUGUACAGCCAGAUGCGGUUCUGCAGACGGUUUCCAAAACCGGGAAGAAAACCGAGUUCUGGCCAGCCGAAGGUGCAUCGGCUACUGCUUAAUAUAUUAUAUGUGUUUUAAAUGGUUUUUGAACUUGGUAUUGUAAUUGUAAAUCUAGAACUAUCAGAUGACUGUAACAUUUGGUAUUUUGCACUUGAAUAAAUGCAAAACAUAAUUGUUGUGUUGUGAUUU